AUGCUUCUCCCCAGAUGGCAAGAGACUCACAAGCGGGUCAUUGGCUGGCAGUCUUCGAACGUGAGGCUUGGAGCCAUAUGGCUACGUCAAGGUUGGGAUCGAUCUUCCGACAUCUUUCCAAAACCGCCACCACCUGCCAAGAAGGCCGCUGUAGCGCCUACUACUUCCGCGUCAAAGCCAACAGCCAUGAAGAAAGAGACGAAACCCGUUCUCGCCGUCAAAGAUGUUCGUUCCGAUUCCUCAUUCUUUUCUGCGCCAAAACCGAAAGCCAAAUUACCAAGCUUCAAGAAAGCCCUGGCGCCUGUCAAGAAGGAGCCUGAUCUCAAUGUUGCGCAACCGUCAUCGAUCGUUCCGUUCCAGGAGGCACUGAAGUCAAUGGGUAAAGGGCGUAGGGACUCUCCAGUAACGGCCACACCGCCACCAGCUUCGAUUACGCCGCCCCUGCUAGAAUUGAUCCGGCUGAUAGAACGAGCUGUGUACGUUGAUGACCCUGUUGAUGGUGUCCAUACUGCUCACAGUUUGCGCGAUCUGGAUCGGGGAGAUGGUGCUGCUCUACAUGCUCCCCUAUUCGAAGAAGUUAUCGAUUGGACGGAUCCAAUAAAUCUCGAAUUCGAUCUCGAAGCGUCCCAACGCGGACAGAAUAAUACAGAAAAGACGACUCAGGAGGAGCGUGAGCAAACAGCUUUGGGUGCACUAUACAUAUCGUCAGCGCAGAUACCUGACAGUCCUGGCGAGCCCACGACGAUAAUCAGUGAUGACGAGAUAGAUGUGGACGUGAAGACCAUGACGGUGGGGUCAGAGUGCGAUAAUUUCUUCUGGAGAGAAGCCAAUCUACCUCAGCCCAACGCCGCAUCUGUCGCCGAUCUCGUAGGUCAAUUAUCGGGAGGUUUUGAUUCGAUGAGUGCGCCCAGUAGUGCGGGUAUCCAAUCAUUUGGCUUUGAUCCCGCAAUGCUUUCAGGUCUAUGUCAGACAGCAUUGAUACGCCCGGAAUUCAAAAAUCAAAAGAAGCCAAACACGCCGUUUUGUGAUGUCGGAUGCUUUUCCAAUUCAUGCUAUUCUGGUACACGUGGGAGGUCAGGUUACAUGGUCCGAUUUUGGUACCUUUCUUUUGACGAGGCCACCCCGCGGAAUUGGCAAGGUUUGGACAGGAUGGAUGCGGUAGUACGUCCCAAUGUCCACUGCGUGGAGGACUUGAAUGCAUUCUCGGUGAAUUAUGGUGAACCGUCAAAACGCGCCAUUAGGAAUAUACUUCACGUCGAAUCGAACGACGGCCCAGUUCUUGACUCGGAUGACGUUGAGGUCGAGUACCUUGUUGGACAUACGCAUCGCCACGAGGAGGGUAUCCCUCUUCUCGUGGAGAAGUUCAACGGGCGCAUCUACGCACAUUUCAAUGAGGCCAACCAACGAGCCCAAAUGGAGUAGUAAUAUCAAUGAUAUCCGUUUCACUCAAAGAAUGAGGAAAAUUGGAAGAAGCGCCCCUCGAUUGAUUCGUGCUUUGAAGUUGGUUUCACUGGACCUCUUAGUUUGAUGAGGACAUAUAUGGCCUCGAUAUUAGCACACAUUGUCCGAAGAGCUGUCCAAAGACCAUUUGAACAAGUUCGGCG